CAGCAACCUGUAAGUCCAGGAAUUAUAGGCCUGGAGAUUUUUAUUGCUUUCGUUGAUGAGUAUAAAACCACGUCGUUCAAGUCACAGAAAUCAUAUUAAAACAGACUGACCAUCGAGUAUAGUAAGGAAUCUGUUAAGCUGAUCAUCGUGAUGACCAAUUUGUGCGGCACUGUGUUUGUUUCGGCUCUGCUUGUGUGUCUGUGUGGCAAUGGUUUCGGCCUGGUUGAGGCUGGUGAGCCGGCUAAGCGCGCUGAUGACGUUACCAUCAGCUCUGCCUAUCAGUUUGCUCGGUUGUCGAUGUGUACUACGGGGUUGAGUCUGUGGUCAUUCCAACGGGACUACAACGGAUACGGGUGUCACUGUGGCGUCGGGGGUAGCGGCAACCCGCUGGAUGCAACGGACACUUGCUGUAGAACUCACGACAGAUGCUACCUGCAAAGUCCGUGUUUGACCAAAGCACUCUGGUAUACGAUCCCAUACAAAUACAGCAAGAGCGGGUGCGGGACCGCUCACGCCAGCAUCACUUGCAAGAGGGCCUCGAGCUAUCCGUGGUACUACGUGGGCGAGAACUGCGCUAAGGCAAUCUGCAACUGCGACAAAGCUGCUGCCUUAUGCUUUAAGGCGAACCGGUCAACUUACAACGCACAUUAUCGCAACCAUAACAAAUCCACUUGCUAGUUGCUAUAAUUCAGAUAAAGGAGUAGUCCAAACGAUUUCGAUUCAUAUCUCGAUCACUCUAGUAUAAACUUGAACGCAUAAGGUACACUCUAAAACAGCCGGGUCUGAUUGACCCGGAAUCCGGGUUCUAUUUUGGCUCAAUCCUUUUCCGGGUCAAAAAUGAUACUCUUAAGGGGCAAAACGACACUUUUUGGGGGUCAAAAUGACAUUUCCUUUGGGUCAAAAUGACCCGGAAAAGUGUCAAAACGACCCA